CAGCUGUUCCAAACUGUCCACGCCCGUUUUCAAACUCGUAUGUCCUGCUAAUUACUACUAUCAUCUCUGCGGAUUACAGUUUCUUGGCAUGGCGUGAUUUUUGCGCGGGUCAAUCAACUCACAGGAGGUCUUGUGUUUUAGCAUUUGCAAAACGAGGUGUCGUGGUUGCGAACCCAACGAGGAAGAUGCACAAACCUUCUUUUUCUGGUCUUUACGAGCUCUAGCGGCGUAGCGGGGAUCGCAUUAGGGUUUUGGAGGUUUAGGGUUCAGCCACAGCUAUGGCCCUGAAGCCUGCAGGUGGAUUCGGCACGGAUCCCGUGAUGGGAGAUCUUGUCCCGGACAAGAAACGAUCGCGUGAAUACAAGGUGACUAACCGAUUACAGGAAGGCAAGAGGCCGCUGUAUGCGAUUUGCUUCAACCUGAUCGACUCCCGCUUCUACCACGUCUUUGCAUCAGCGGGAGGGAAUAGGGUCACGGUGUACCAGUGUCUACCCGAAGGUGGAGCGGUUGCAGUUUUAUUAGCGUUCGUUGACGAGGACAAAGAAGAGGAGUUUUACACCGUGAGCUGGGCAGUUGGGCGAGAUGGCAACCCCUUGCUGGCGUGCAGUGGCAGCAAUGGAGUCCUCCGCAUCAUUGAUUGCGAGAGCGAGAAGCUGCAGAAGAGCUUCGUAGGGCAUGGUGACUCCGUGAAUGAGCUUCGCACCCAGACUUUGAAGCCUUGCCUCAUUGCUUCAGCGAGCAAGGACGAGAGCGUGAGACUGUGGAAUGCCGACACUGGUGUCUGUGUGCUUAUCUUCGCGGGAGCAGGGGGUCACCGCAAUGAGGUGCUCAGCGUCGAUUUUCAUGGCUCGGAUAUAUUGCAAAUGGCCAGCUGUGGGAUGGACAACACCAUUAAAAUUUGGUCCUUAAGGGAUUACUGGAAGUUCGUGGAGAUGUCGUUCACAUGGACUGACUCCCCAUCAAAAUUCCCCACCAAGUACGUCCAGUUUCCAGUUUUCAAUGCUCUGGUACACAGCAACUACGUCGACUGCACGCGCUGGCUUGGGGAUUUCAUUCUAUCCAAGAGUGUCGACAACGAGAUUGUGCUAUGGGAGCCGCUGCUUAAGGUUUCUGGGACGACAGGAAACGAGGGAAAAGUGGACGUUUUGCAAAAGUACCCCGUUCCUGAGUGCGAUAUCUGGUUCAUAAAAUUCUCCUGCGAUUUUCACUUCAAUCAUCUUGCCGUAGGGAACCGCGAAGGAAAGCUGUUCGUGUGGGAGGUCCAGUCGAGCCCGCCUAACUUGGUUGCGAAGCUCUCACAUCCCCAGUGCAAGUCUCCGAUUAGGCAGACGGCGACCUCGUUUGAUGGCAGUACUAUCAUGUGCUGUUGUGAGGAUGGCUGCAUUUGGCGCUGGGAUGCUGUGUCUUGAUGAUCGUGGAUAUCUGGAGCCAAUUUCAAUGUUUGUGAAACUCUAAAUCUGUGAGCUCAUUCAUUCCUCGCUGUAAGGUUCCGCUCACCACCCGUACCUCUCUGCCAUUGAUUUUGGUGAUGGAAUCAAACACCCCAAUGAGCUCCUCCGAGGAUGGGUGCGUGCAUUGUAUUUUGAGGUUAGGGUUUGGAUUAAUCCCACACAAGCAGGCGACAUAGGGUAUUGAGAAGAUGCGUUUGUUUAUCGACGCUGAAGGACAUAUUUGAAGCCUGCAAAUGCAAAGAGUAAAGAGCAAGGUUUACAAUGAUCUUAAACAAUGGAGGUAGAGACGUGUAGACUACGCAAGGAUUUCAGUCUGAUAGGUGUUUGUAAAGUAGGAACCCACUUGAAAAAUUUGCUGAAUGGAAGAUGACGCGGGUGGGAUCACUCCUUCACAGUGUUUGACAAAGCAGCGGACAGUCACAGUUGACACUCGUAAGUUUUUAGUGCGGUCUUUCUAGCGUGGUUACUUUAUUUCCGCUAGGGGCUGGAUGCCUCAGGAAGUCUGUCUAGCAUGUGCAUUGAUUUACGCCACUGUUUAUAUGGCUAUGACCCUAGCGAAUUGCAUGCAGGUAAGUCGCACUAGAUGUCGAUCUCCACCUUGAAAAGGAAAAAAAGGAGAUUGCUGAAGCAUUCAAUAUGUGCUCUCUCAACUCGUGAUUGUCCCAUCUUCUUAGAAAGGUGGCAUGUAUGAUUGUCCCAUCUUCUUAGAAAGGUGGCAUGUUCAUCAAGAUGUUUGGCUAAUUUCUUUUAAAUUGUUAACCAAUUAAUUUGUCCAUA